UGUUCAGUGUCAGAGAGACCACAAGGGAUUUCUGGUUGUGCUAUUCGUGACAAGGACACAGAAUCGUUUAUGAAGUUAAAGACGUUUAGAAAACAGGAAGCAGUGGCAUGGAAUGAAUACAUUGUGUAAGUGUGAAGCAUGUGCGAAUUGGAGCCGGCUCAUGAGUGAAAUAUAAAAGCCGUGUGGGACCGGAUGUGAGCAGAAGCCUGUUUAAUCUGCACAGGGACAAGCAUGGAGGCCAAGCUGACGGAACUCCGGCAGAAACUGGAGAAGCAGUGCCAAAUUAACCAGGAGCUGCAGAAUGAAAAUAAGGACCUGGCGACCAGGUUGAAGGAGAAGGAGAAACUCUUGGAGGAGCUCCAGAGUCGUUUGGAUGGGCUGGAUUUGUCUCAGAGGUACAGUAAUGACAGCGUGGAGGUUCGGGAGAGCCGAGCAGCGGUCAUGGCUCCAGAGCCGAUUCCAGAUGACAUGGACAUCUCGACCACCAGGGUCAAAAAAACUGCCAGUGAAAGAACUCAGAUCAUUAAUGCAAUGCAGAAAAACGACUUCCUGCGUCGUCUUGAUGAGGAGCAGAUCAUCAUGAUGGUGGAGCUCCUUACCUCUCUGGACCGCUGUCCUGGUGAUGACAUCAUUAAAGAAGGCACAGAGGGUGACAGCAUGUACAUUGUUGCAGCUGGAGAACUCCGAGUUACUCAGGCAGGGCGUAAUCUGCGAACGUUGAUCUCUGGAGAUGUCUUCGGGGAGCUGGCCAUCUUGUACAACUGCAAACGAACGGCUUCGGUCAAAGCGGUCACUCCGGUUAAAUUAUGGUGCAUUGAGAGACAGAUAUACAGAAGCAUUAUGGCAAUCAAGUCCAAGAAGAAGCGAGAGCAGCUGAUGGGCUUCUUAAAGACAGCUCGCACCUUCAAAUCUCUGAGUGAUGAACAGCUCUCCAGCAUCAUUGACUCCAUGGAGGAGGUGAAGUUUCAGGAGAAUGAGGUGAUCGUGCGUGAAGGUGCAGAGGGAGACACGUUUUACAUCAUCCUGAAUGGAGAGGUCGAGGUGACAAAGAAAGUGAACGGGCAGCAAAAACUCAUCCGUACGUUGAGACAAGGGGAUCAUUUCGGAGAACUGGCUCUUAUACGCGAGAUUUUGAGAACGGCAACCUGCACUGCUUUGGGAUCGGUCUCCUGCUUCGCUAUCGAUAAGGAGGCUUUUGAGGAGACAAUCCCAGUAGAAAGCCUGGAGCUACAUGAUGAUCCGGAUCUUCAGGAAGACACCUGCGUUUCAAAAAAACACAGCUCAGUAUCUUCUCUACAGCUGAAGGAUUUGAUCCCAGUCCUUUACCAGGAGGGACGUUACCAAGGAAGCCCCGUGACCCUUGGAGUCGGCGGGUUCGGACGAGUGGAACUGGUAACCACGCUGCAUCAUGGGAAAUACUUUGCCCUGAAAAAGAUCAGCAAAAAGCUCAUCGUACAAAAGAGGCAAGAAGAGCAUGUGCUGUUCGAGAGGAGGCUAUUGCUCGACAUCGAUUGUGACUUCAUAGUCAGGCUUCAUGGCACGUUUAAAGACUCCCGCUACAUCUAUAUGGUCAUGGAUUUCUGUUCAGGGGGCGAGAUCUGGACCAAGCUAAAAGAAGUACGCCGUUUUGAAGAGAACGUAGCUGUGUUCGUCGCAGCAUGCGUGGUCGAGGCUUACGCCUACCUCCAUAAAAAAGACAUCAUGUACCGAGACCUGAAGCCAGAGAACCUCAUGCUGGACUCCAGGGGAUACAUCAAACUAGUGGAUUUUGGUUUUGCUAAGAAGCUCCGGCGAGGACAGAAGACAUACUCUUUCUGUGGAACUCCAGAGUACAUGGCUCCAGAGAUUAUUCAGAAUCGUGGUCACGACUUCGCUGCUGAUUUCUGGUCUCUAGGUGUUCUGAUCUAUGAGCUUCUGGCUGGCAGCCCACCUUUUUCCAGCUCGGAGCCACAGAACAUCUAUGCUAAGAUACUGGAUGGGGUGAUAAAGUAUCCCUCACACAUGGGAGAGGCUGCCAGAUCUCUUAUUAGCAAACUCUGCAGACCACGUCCAGGUCAAAGGUUAGGAAACACCAAAACUGGAAUCAAAGACAUCCGUAAUCACAGGUGGUUUAACAACAUGAACUGGCACAAACUGAGGAUGAAACAGAUCGAUGCUCCUACAGUUAAACUCAUCAGAAAGGGUCCGUGCUACAUCAACUUUGACCGUUUCCAGUUCGAUAAGAGCCUGGCCGAGGAGGAUUUCUCCAGGUGGGAUCAAGAUUUCUAAGAUUUGUUGAGUUUAAGGGCCCUGCACACACACACACACACACACACACACACACACACACACACACACACACACACACACACACACACACACACACACUCUUCCUCUUAACAAGCAUCUGUGGACUUCUUUGGGCUGCGUGUUCCAUCACGAACGUGGAAGAACAGAAAAUAAUUCAGUAUUAAGAAAAAGUUUGUAAUUCAGAGAAAGCCGUCUGGACCAUCUGCUUUACUAGGACCUGUGUCUUUGUUGUUGUUGUUGUUGUUUGUGAGAAAAUUUGUUCAUUUUUAUUUGAACCCCAGCUGCAACUUUUUUUCAAAAAAUAUUUUAACAAAUCCAGCAAAAUUUGCUUACUUAAUUGUUUACUGAGCCAGAAAGAGAGAUCUUCGAAGACAUGUGACGAGCGCUAGAUGUAACCAACAUAUUCUCUAAACUCAACACAUACGACAUGUACAGCAUAUACGACAUUUAUCUACAGUAGUAAGUUACCUGAUUUGCUUGAUAGAAUUUUUUUGAAUAUGUUUGGUCACAGGUUGUGUAUUUUUUUAUAUAUUUUUUCCUAAAUAACAGAACUGAUCAGACAGUCUUUCCCAGACCCUCGUGAGAAUAUCAUGAUAUUGUGAUCGUAGAAAUAAACACAAAAUCAUGCAAAUUGUGAUGUGUGAUGCCCAUGAGUGCAUCUUUCACAGAAAGUAAUUACAUAUGUCUCUUUACUGGAAGGAGUUUCACUGGAAAAGGCAACCAUUUAGGCCACAAUAUCUCCAUGAAUUCCAGGCUGUAACAUGAACAAUAAAUUUUAAUAUUACUGCACUGAUUAUUAUUUCAAAGGGUAUGAUAUCCUUUUGUCGAAUAAGGUAUAAACUGAAGGGGAAAAAGUAUAACAAAGUGAAAAAGAAAUUAAUUCAUAAACAAUUGUUAGGAAAUGUUUACUGUUAGGAAACGUCGAAAGGAGUCUCCAGUUUCAGCAGUGUGAAACAGGCCGUAGGUUUCUACCAUGUGACGGUCUUUUACAUAAGGCUACAACAACAUGCCUUGACUACAUUUUGUACCUUCGACUUGACGAUUAUGAAUAUAAACUCCAUGCAACAUUGACAGAAUGAUAUCUGUGCACACUCCAGAAGUGUUUGCCUAAUAAAUGGCAUUUCAGUCAGGACCACUUUGUCAAAUGAGAAUUUAUUAGAUGAUAGCGUACGGUUAGUGUUGGGGAUAUGGUUCUGUUCUGGGCAAAAAAUCCACGCGCCCGUCCCUGCGCAUGCGGGGACAGAGCGGGGAGAGCACCAACUAGAAAAUAUAAUAGACCCCCAUAUAACAGAACCAUUAAUCAUGCAUAAUAUUAAUAUGCUCACUUACAUGUUUUGAAAAAUAGAUAGAUAGAUAGAUAGAUAGAUAGAUAGAUAGAUAGAUAGAUAGAUAGAUAGAUAGAUAGAUAGAUAGAUAGAUAGAUAGAUAGAUAGAUAAAUAAAUGAAGUAGAGGGGGACAGAGGGAGAGAGAGAGAGAGAGAGAGAGAGAGAAAAAAACUAAUAUGUGAUGAAGAUUUAUAAGGUAAACUGGUACAACAAACGGGUUCCGGCUGGGUGGAUGCAGCUUGACGACGUGGCCUGCCUGAGGUAACGCGAUGCUUGAUGUAUCUCUAAAGGGCAUAAGAACUUGAUAAUGUUAUUUCUCCCUUAUGUCUACAUUACAACCUCAACCAAAUGUUUAUCAUUAAGUUUUUUGUUUGUUUAUUUUUAUUGUAUAUACAAUACCUGAAUAAAUGAAACAUUUCCAGAA